UGAAAAUAGUCAUCUCAGAGAAAGAAUCCAGUGGAAAUAGUCAUCAUGAAAAGGAAGAAUCCCAGUAGAAAGUCAACUAGCGGCUUCAUUUAGUAAACCUGUUUAAUAAACCACAACGCGGCCCAGUAUUUCCGGCAGCUGCCUGUGUUGUGUCUGCUGCUGUUGCUACUCAACAAAUCAAUAAGCUGUAACAGAACAUUACCACCAUCCAGCUACAGACUAAUUCCUCCUGGUAACCAUGGCAACCUUAGAGGACCGCCUGUUAGGUGAGAAGUUGCAGUAUUAUUGCAGUAGCUCUGAGGAUGAAGAUGGUGAUGACGAUGACGAUGAUGAUGAGAGGAAUGAGGACUCAAGCCCCGGGAAGGAAGCUGAUUUGCCUUCCCCACAGUCUGAGAUAAGAGGCUGGGAAGGAGCAUCUGCCAAUACUGGACCAAAAGGGGUACUGAAGGACUGGCAGCGAUUCAAGCAGCUGGAAUCAGAAAAAAGAAUGGAGCAGGAACAAGAACGUAUUCUACUCGCAAAGAAACUUGCUUUCACCUGCAGAUCACAUCUUGAUGAUGAGAAAGAUAAAGAAAAUGAGAGAAAGGAGGAGGAAGAUGUUGAUCUAUUAGAUGAAGAAUUUCUGCUGCAGUACAUCUCAAAGCGGAUGGAGGAAAUGAUUGUUACCACAUCAAACAAAGCACAGUUUGGUCGUUUAAUUACACUGGAUAAUGGAGAAAUGUUUUUGGAUGCCAUUGAUAAAGAAGAUGCAGGAGUCACUGUCAUUGUACAUAUCUAUGACCAGGAUGCUAUGGGAUGUGAUGCAAUGAAUGGCUGCUUGACGUGUUUGGCACAGGAAUACCCUCAUGUUAAGUUCUGUAAAUUGCCAGCUUGUGCAGCAGGUGUUAGCAGUCAUUUUAAAGUAACAGGUUUGCCAGCUCUCCUCAUUUACAAAGGAGGCCAGAUGAUCGGCAACUUUGUGAGACUAACAGAUGAGUUUGGAGAUGACUUCUAUGCCACAGAUGUAGAGUCAUUCCUGAUUGAACAUGGCAUGCUUAUGGACAAGAUACUUGUCCCUCCUGGCAUCAAGGAUUCCUCCAUACCACAAGAUGAUGACAGUGACUUCAGUCUUGAUGAUUAGUUAAACCUCAGUGAUUUUUAGUCAGCAGAAUCCUGCAUAGCCCCUACCCCCAUCCCAUCCCUGUCUUCCUGUACAGUGAAUACUGUACAUCACCAGUUGGUCUCUUAAUAUAUUUGGUCACUUCAUUAUGUAGUUUGGAGCCUAUUUACAUUAUAAUUUCACUGUUUAUAUUUAAAUUUUUACUUGGCUUCUGAAAGGGUCAGCAAUGUAAAUACUCAAAAGAUCUGUGGUAUGCAGUAGUAUACCGUAUUAUAAGAAAGUUCUAUGGGAAAAAUACUAAUAUGUUAGCCAAAAAAUGUCCAUGAGUGUUCUAGCACUAGCACUUCCUCUUUGUAAUUAAACCCUAUUACAAAAAAGUAAUUUUUUAAAAGGAGAUGGCAAGAUUUACUUCUUUUGUAAUAAAGAGUUCGGGAUACAUAAAUACACACAUUAAUAAAUUAAUCUUUAAUAUAUAAAAAUCAACUAUCUUUGGUCUAGAGGUAUUUGAACUAUGAUAUAAUAAUAAUAUGUACAUGUUACUAUAAUAAAUUAUAAUCAGCAUUUUACUAAAAUAUAAUUAAUAACCCUACACAGGGUACAACUCUUGACACUACUGUCACUAUAUAUAUAUAUCUCUAUGCUAAAACAAUAAAUUUAUAAAUAACAUUUUUAUAAUAAUAAAUUACAAUCAACUGCUCUCACGACACGAAGUCAGUCACACGACACUGUUCAGUGUACACUACAACCAGGCCAUCUUCAGUGUCCCACGACACCCUUUUCAUCUCAGUGUUCCACUACGGUCCUGUGCAUAUCUCAGUGUUCCACUCCAUCGUACGUCCCUCAGUGUCACACUACGGUCCUGGCCCAGUUUCAGUGUAACACUCCAACCUUUUCUUCAUGUAAUGUCCCACUAAACAGCAUCUGACGACUCCGGCCCACAGUUGAUCAACGUAGACGGUGAGUCCACAGACAUCACCGGUAGUCCAGUAAAUCCCUCCAAAGGCGGUUGACACACCGCUAGCCGAACACCAUGCUGCAAGCUCACUGAAUGCGGCCGUCAAGUAACUGAGGCCAACAGACUCAGUGAGCUGCGGUGAGCGGUUCUUCUAACGCCAGUAGAUAGGUACGAUUCGGUGGUCAGGUACCUACUGCAUAGACGUGUACCCUGAGGAGUUCAGGUACUUAAUGUUGAAGCCAGUAGACGUGUACCCUUCGGUGGUCAGGUACCUACUGCUUAGGUGUGUACAGCGAGGCGCUCUGGUACAUACUGUUACUAAAGCCAGUAGACUUGUACCCUUCGGUGGUCAGGUACCUACUGCUUAGGUGUGUACCGUGAGGCACUCAGGCUCUUACUGCUCUAAGGCCGGCUCAGCAGCCCCCACAUUGGGUUUGAUGACGCACCCAGUGGUACUGCCGGCCGGCAGGUUAACUAUUUAACCGCUAGUUUGGCAGGGGGCCGCAACAAACCCUAACAUCAUAUGUUCUGAAAGAGCAAGUAAGUCAUAUGACUCACUUUAGUGAAUGGUGACAUACAAGCACACACUAAUGUGCCAUCAAAGUUAUCAGACACAACCACAUAUCAAAAUGCAUAUGAAUACAACUGGAUGGUUGUGAUAGGGAGUGGUAUGUAAUGUAUUAGGUAACUGCAAAGUGGAGAGUAUAUGCUCUCCUUAAUUAUAAUUACUUUUAAUUUUCAUUUAAAAUGUAUGUUAAUAAUAAUAAAGAUUAAACCAACUGUGA